GUGAGACAGAGAGAGAGAGAGAGACACUGGGUGACAGUGAGAGAGGCAGGAAGCUGCCUGCAGGCUGGGAGUGGUCGGACGUAUAAAAGACGACUCUCUUCCUUCUUUCUGCAUUAGACCGCUCUCUUCCCCUCCUUCCUUACACCUGAGACUCUGAGACUCUACCUACACAGGAUGUCGUGGAACGCAUACGUCGAUUCCCUGAAGAUGCCUGACGAAAAAGGGAUUGUCGCCGUCGAGGAGGCAGCACUCUGCGGGAUACUACCUGGGAAAGAGGGUGUGUGGGCCAGCUCGGAGGGACUAGCCAGCAUCACAGAAGAUGAAAUCAAGAAGCUGGCUGGUGAUAGGAAGGAUUUCGGCCAAUGCGGCCCCUGCAUUGCGGGGGUAAAGUGCAGGAUGAUCCGAGAUAGCAUGGAUGAUGAAACGUUGCACAGCCUGGACUUAAAGACUGCAUCAGACAAUGAAGGCAACACCUACAAUAUAUGCGUAGGAAAGAGUGAAUCAGGUAAGAACACCCUGCCUGAAAGGCAUUAA